ACCGGCAUCUCCGACACCGACCGCGCCUUCCUCCUUCCCUCGGCCGGAGCCGCCAUGGUGAACCUGCGGGUGUGCGCGCUGGAGUGCGAGGCGCUGCGGGGGCUGCUGCAGGAGCGCGCCGCGCAGUGCCUCGUCCUCGACUGCCGCUCCUUCUUCUCCUUCAACGCCGCGCACAUCCGCGGCUCCUGCAACGUCCGCCUCAGCACCAUCGUCCGCCGCCGCGCCAAGGGCGCCCUGGCCCUGGAGCACGUCGUCCCCAACGAGGAGCUCCGCGCCCGCCUGCGCCAGGGGCUGGUCCACACCGUGGUGCUGCUGGACGAGCGCAGCGCCGACCUGGAGCUGCCCAAGCGCGACAGCACGCUGCUGCUGGCCCUCGGCACGCUCUGCAGGGAGGCCCGCGGCGCCCGCAUCUGCUUCCUCAAGGGAGGUUACGAAGCCUUCUCGUCCGCCUGCUCCGAGCUCUGCACCAAGCCGGCCGCCCCCACCGGCCUCAGCCUGCCCCUCAGCGCCAGCAGCGCGCCCGGCAGCGCCGACUCGGGGUGCAGCUCCUGCGGCACCCCCCUCUACGACCAGGGUGGGCCGGUGGAAAUCCUGCCCUUCCUCUACUUGGGCAGCGCUUACCAUGCCUCCCGGAAAGACAUGCUGGAUGCUUUGGGGAUCACAGCGCUAAUCAAUGUCUCGGCGAACUGCCCCAACCACUUUGAAGGGCACUACCAGUAUAAAAGUAUCCCCGUGGAGGACAACCACAAGGCAGACAUCAGCUCCUGGUUUAACGAGGCGAUUGAUUUCAUAGACUCUGUUAAAAGUGAUGGAGGAAGGGUAUUUGUGCACUGCCAGGCUGGCAUUUCCCGGUCAGCAACCAUCUGCCUUGCUUAUCUCAUGAGGACCAACAGAGUCAAACUGGAUGAAGCCUUUGAGUUUGUGAAGCAGAGAAGAAGCAUCAUCUCCCCAAACUUCAGCUUCAUGGGGCAGCUGCUUCAGUUUGAGUCGCAGGUCCUUGCCCCCAACUGCUCAGCAGAAGCUGGCAGCCCUGCUAUGUCAGUAUUGGACAGAGGAGCGUCGACCACCACAGUCUUUAACUUUCCAGUCUCCAUCCCCGUUCACACCUCAUCUAGUGCUUUAAGCUAUCUUCAGAGCCCCAUCACCACUUCCCCAAGCUGCUGAAAAGCAGGUGAAAAUAUGGUCAGAACUCAGACUUACUGUCUCAGAAGUGCAAUAACUACAGGGACAGUGUCAUCAGCCACUAAUGUUUUGUGGAGAACCAUCCAUGCAUCCCAGAACAGCGUGGCAAACGGAGAGGAGCUCACCUGAUGCCAGAGAGCUAGGUGUUACUGACUUUUCUGCUGACUUUUAAAGCCGAUACCUGGAUGUCUACACAUAUCAAAGGACGCUGUCUCUUCCUGAGCUAUUCCUCCUUGUCUUCUGUCUGUCCUAAGCCUGCUCCAUGUUUAGUAGCAUGCUCACCAGUAUUCCCAUUCCUGGACACUUUGAGCAACACUGAUGCUGUCCCCUUUUAUAUGACAGUCCUAUUUAUUUAUUUUUACAGUAGUGCAUUGGGUUUUUGCCUUCACAAACCUAAAGUUUCAUUUCUAGAGAAACCGAAUACCUCAGUAUUUUUUGGUACUGUAAUCCUGUGUGUGUAUAUAUCUGUCAGAUCUUCUUGUUUCCCAAGCACUGACGUGAAAGCACCAGGCGAGUGCUUUUUUGAGUUGCCAAGGGUUGUAUGUUUGAUUUAUUUAUGAUGUGAAAUAAUAUAUUUCUUCUUAUGAAGACAUAGUUUUGUUACAUGAUUAUAACUUUUUAUACAAACAGAAUAAAUUAUGGUAUUUCUAUUGAA